ACCAACUACCAACUAUAACAGAUUGAAUUCGUGCUUCUUCCAGUGACCGGCAGCGUGUAUCACCGGUGGAUAUUAGUUAACAUAAAAUGUCGUACACUAAAUUCAAUUUUUCAUUUUAUAUCACAUGCUGUUGCUUAUCUUUGGGUCUCGUAAAUGCAAAUGCUCAGACAUCGUCGAAGAACUUUUUCGCUGAACAACUUACCGAAGAAAAUUGGGAUCGUAUGCUCAUCGGAGAAUGGAUGGUGGAAUUCUAUGCUCCAUGGUGUCCUGCUUGUAAAACAUUGGAACCAAUUUGGGAACAUCUUGCCGCACAAAAGGAAAGUUUAAAUAUCAAUGUAGGAAAAGUUGAUGUGACUGAUUCUCCAGGACUUAGCGGAAGGUUUAUGGUUACAGCUUUGCCAACAAUAUAUCAUGUUAAAAAUGGUAUAUUUAGGCAGUAUAAGAGCCCUAGAGAUAAAGAUUCAUUAAUUGAAUUUGUGUCUGAGAAAACUUGGGAAAAGAUUGAACCAAUUCCUGGCUGGAAAAGUCCAACAUCUAUUCAGAUGUCUGUUAUUGGUCAAUUCUUUCAAAUCUCACAAGUAUUGCGGGGAAUACACAAUAGGUUUAUGGAAGAUUUUGGAUUACCUACAUGGGGAAGUUACUUGAUUAUUGCCAUUGCUACCAUUGUCUCAGGUGCAAUAUUGGGAUUGUUUAUCGUUUGCUUGAUUGAUUUUAUAUAUCCACCGAAACCUGUGAUGCUUCAAAACAAAAAGAAACAAAAAGAUGGAUCAGGUGGAUUUAUGCAAGAGAAAAGUAUACGGGAUGAAGAAAUUGUUGAACAUGUUAAGGAUGAUUUAGUAGAUGAGGAAUCAGAGCAAGAGGGAUCAGAGACAGAAGAAAAAGAAAAAGAUGCAGAUAAAGAUUCCAAAACUGAACCAAGCAGUCCAAAUGUUCGUAAACGUAAGCCACGUAAAGCUGAUACGCGCAUGCGUAAUUUCUGCAAAUCGAAAUCGGAACUGUACGCUUCUAAGCAGAUAUAUGAGAGACGCGUGCUAAAGCUAACCUCUAUAGUUGCAGGCACGACCACGUUUUGCAGCAAAUCAGUAUUUAUAUCAUAUAGAGCAGUAAUGGCUAAAGCAAAUAUGGUUAAAAAUAUAAAAAAACGAUCAGCGAGCGUGUCUGAGAUAACUGAGAAGAAAACAGAAACAUCAGGAUAUCUCAAUAAAGAUUUUAAGAAGAAAAAAACAGAAAACGGAACUGUGCAAAAUGGGCAACCAAAUAAGCAAAUUACUAAGAAUUCACCUAAGAAAUUUAAAAAUGAAAAGAAAAAUAAUGAUUUAGGAAUUGUUCAAAAUCCUAAGAAAAAGGAUACAAAUGAAAUUAGUUUGCAAAAUAGUAAGAAGAAAACAUUAAGUACAGCGGAACUAUUGAAAUUGAGACAAGAAUACCGUAAGAAACGUAAAGAAAAUAGACUAUCGCAAACACAUUUGUUACCAUCUAAUUUAUCUGUUGAAGACAUAAAAAAGAGAAUUGGAUUAAUAGAAAAACGAGAGGAACUCACAAGAAGUGCUAAGAGGAAACUAGCAGCACUUAAAAAAAGGUUACAGGUAGAGGAGGGAGUAGGCAAGGUAGAAAAGGGAAAGAAUGAAAAGACAGAAAUUGUGAAACAAAAACAAAUGCAAAAUGCAAAGUCGAUGCAGGAGAAAGUGGAUGUGAAAUCAAAUAAAGAGGGUAAAAAGAGGAAUGCUAAACAAAGUAAAACCCUUUUAAAGCAAAAAAAUGAGGAAAAUGAUGACGACGAUGAGGAAGAUGAGGAAAAUGAAGAUAAUAUGGAGAUAGAUGAUGAAUUAAGUGAAGAUGAUGAUGGAACUGAUGUAGAAGAAGGUGAUGAGGAUGAUGAGGAUGAUGACGAUGAUGAUGAUGAAGAAGGAGAAGAAGAAGAUGAUGAUGAUGACGACGACGGUGAUAAGGAAGAAAAGGGUGAAAACAAGAAUAAUGAACAAGAAAAAGACAGUGAAAUUAAAAAAAGUAAUGUACAAAAAGGAAAAGGGAAAUCUGCAAAUGUAGAAGAAGAUGGCAAGAAGAAAAGAUAUGUCCUUUUUGUAGGAAAUUUGCCAUAUAAUAUUACUAACGAAGAACUUAAAAAACACUUCUUAACUAAGGUCAGUCAAGUAGUCGAUAUUAGGAUACCUAGGAAAGAUGCAAACACAGCACGUGGAUUCGCUUAUGUUGAGCUGACCAAUAAUACAGAUUAUGAGAAAGCACUUUCAUUAAAUCAUUCAUUUGUUAAUGGAAGAAGGAUAAAUGUGCAAUAUUCUGGACCUGACAGGAAAACAGCUGUUGCAAAGAACUUUAAAUUACAUGCUCUGCAAAAGGCAGGAAAAUUUGCAGGUGGAAGGAACAGAUAUAAUCAGAAAUAUGCAAAUAACAAGGGAAAGCAAAAUAUGCGAACGGUGAAAACAUAAUUGUUAAAUCAAUAGAAGUAAUUUGAAAUAAAUGUUUAAAUCUAUCUUCACUAUUUCCCUAUUUGGACAUUUAGAAUUAAGUUUUUUUAUGUAAUCAAUAUCACUGAUUGUAAAGACUUACAUGUUGGAUAAUACAGAUAAAAGUUUUAUCUACUA